CCAGAGAGACAAUCACUGAGCCCAUGAAUGGUUUCAGUGGUCACCGUCAAACCAGCAAAAAAAAGACUCGUUUUAAUUUAACCCAGGCGUCAGCUGUUCAUAAAAAACAUAUCAUGUAACUUGAAGUUAUAAAAAGUCGUUUUCCCAGCUUCCGUUUCGGAUGUUAAUCCCCUCCAGCCACCGGAAGCUCGAGAUAAAGCCGAGGCUGCAAACUGCGUCACAGAGUAAAAAAAACAAAAAAACAAAAACACCAGCCUGCAGCCCAGCACCGACAGCCUAGUCUUCCACUCUUCUACUUGCACAAGAAACCCGAGCUGACGUGUUUCUUCCCCACUGCAGCCAUGGUGAAGAUUGCGUUUAACUCGGCUCUGGCGCAGAAGGCGCUGGGCAAAGAGGUGCCGGCCGACGUGAAGGAUCCUGAGUUGGCCUCUGCUCCAGCGGGCAACGAGGGCUCCACAGGUCGCUGUCUGCUCACCCUGCUGGGCAUCGCCUUCAUCCUCAGCGGGCUCAUCGUCGGAGGAGCAUGUCUCUAUCGAUAUUUCACCCCAAAGAGGCUGUAUCACGGUGCGAUGCAGUUCAGCGACGUGUCAGCCGGAGCUGGAGGAGAGAACCAGCCGUACUACCUGCCCCGGGUGGAGGAGGAGGUGGAGAUCUCUGACAGCAUGGCCGUCAUCAGCGUCCCACCUCCCCGCUUCAGACCCGGGGACCCUGCUUACAUCCUCCAUGACUUCAACAGGAAGCUGACAGCAUAUCUGGACCUGACUCUGAGGACCUGCUUUGUGAUUCCUCUGAACACCUCGGUGGUGCUCCCCCCUCAGGACCUCAUCGACCUCUUCUCCCAGCUGAUGUCCGGCUCUUACCGCAGCUACUUGGUGCACGAGGACCUGGUGGUGACGGAGCGUAUCGAUGAUAUCAAGCCUCUGGGCUUCUACAUCCGCCGACUGUGUGAUGGGAAGGAUACAUACAGGAUGCAGCGCCGCUCCAGCCUCCCAGGUGGAGGCAUCCAUAAGCGCUCUGCGGACGAAUGCUUCACCAUCCACCACUUCGCGAACAAGUUCGUGACGGAGACCAGGAUCUGCAAGGCUUGAUGGGAAAGCACAAACAUGGGUCAGGGAGUGAGUGAGAGCGAGUGAGAGCGAGUAGUAGUGUAGAGAGAGAGAGAGAGAGAGAGUAGAAGAUAGUGAAAGAUAGAGAGAGUAGAAGAUAGAGAGAGAGAGAGAAAGAUAGAGAGAGUAGGAGUGAUAAGUGGGCGAAGGAAGGAACAGCUUUCAGCAGAAAGUUACUUUUGUAUAAAACCCUUAACUGCAGUUUUUGCCUCCCUCGCUUUAAACCCCAGUGAUGAGUGAAUUUAAGUUCCAGCAUUAUAUAGCCUAACCCCCCUCCCCUGAACCUGUAUAAGUCAUAGCUCUCUCUCGCUCAAGUAUUCAAUAGUUAGUCUUGUACUAAUAACGAGCAUCAGCCUGCUUACUAACCGUGUACUAAGUUUCAUUUGUUUUGUUGGUUUCUGUUCUGUUGCCGUAGCUUCCUGCUGAAUUAUCUUAUCGUCGUUACUGUAUUACACCCACCGCUCUGAAAACCCUAGUGAAACUGAGAAGUCGUUCAUAUCAGACCUGUCUGUUUGUCAGCCUACUGUUCCCACUCUUUAGGGGUUUCUCGAACAACAAGACAUACUAAAUGUUAACAGUGGGAUGAAGCACAAAUCACCCAGGAAAUGUAAGGCACGGUACAGUUACGGUACAAGUGUAACACAGUUGUCCGAGUCCGUUAUGGAAGGUGCCAGAGAUGCUCGAGCUCUGUCACCCUUUUUGUAGAUAUUUCCCAGAGUGCCCCGCUGCUCCCAGAGGCCUCUGCUGUCCUGCUAUGUGAUGAUUUUUAUGUAAUAGAUGGUGAGCAGUCCAGCACCCUAUAUGACUUGUUUGUGUAGAAACACUAAUUUGUGACAAUAAACUUGGAAGGACGCUAAAGGGAAGUUUCACCAAAUUUGAAAACAUUAUUCUUUCUGUCAGAGUUUUUUAUUUAAAUUUGUAUUUAUGGAUCUGAACUGCAGCUUACCGUAGGUGGCUUUGCAGAACUCUAUAUAUUUGAAAUUGUCAAGGGAACAAAAUGUUUGUUAAAAAUCCUUCAGUGAAUCUGCAUAAAGCAAUCUUUUAUUUAUUUUGAAAGCCCUUAAGGAAAAGCUUGAAAGUAUGAAAUAAAAAUGGCCUUUUGCCAAAUAACUUCGAGUGGUUUUCAGUGGUUACCCACUCAAUGCCUGCACAGAAAGACAAUCAGACAGGAAGUGUGUGUAUAAAAAUGUGUCUCUGUCUAACAAAUACUAGAAGUUUAGAUAAAAAACAAUGUUGUGUGCAGCUACUGAAACAAAUUCACUUUGUCGCUGAAUAAAGUUACAUUUCUUUACCUACU